CCCGCACCGGCAGCUCCCCGGGGCGUAGCCGCAGCCCCGUUUCCUCCCCACCGCGGCGGGAGCAGGGGGUCGCUCUCUGUCUGCCCGGAUCUGCACAUCCUUGCUGACGCCGAUCGGGAUCGAUCGGCUGCGACGGCACGGAGCCGGGCAGCCCCCGGACCUGCUGCCUGGCGUCCCGGGGCCGGCUCUCCCUGCCAGCCAUGCCGGGCGGGCACGGGCCUGGCACGGAACUUGGCCGAGGCUUGUGCUUGGGGGGGGUUUCCCGGCGGCUGCAGGCGUUCGGAUUCUCCAUGGGGCCCCCGUGAGACCCGGCCGGCUGCCUCCACCCCGGAGCUGUGCGGGCCGGGCCGGCCCCGGCCCUUCUCGCCUCUCUCCGGCAUGGAUCUCCUGCAGAAGAGCAAAUACAGCCACCUGCGGAACGAGUCCGUCUCCUCCCUGGAGGAGGUGGUGGGGGGCCUGGGGGUCCCGGCCUCCCCGGUGGAGUCCCUCGCAGGCACCCAGUCUCUGCCUGGCUCCCUGUCCUCCUCCUCCCUCGGCCCCGCGGCGCCUCUCGGGGAGCUCUCCCCCGAGUCGGAGGACAGCCCCACCACCCUCUGCUCCUUCUUCCCCAAAAUGGCCAACCUGAAGCUCUCGAACCCCGCCAACCUGCUCAGCCUGCGGGGCUCCUCGGCUGGCGGCAGCCCGGGGGACCCCGGCCCUGCUGGGACGGUGGCAUCAGCGCCGGGGGGAGCUGCCGGCUCCGAUUCAGCAGGACCUGUCACUGUCUGUUCCCAGGAUAUGAACAAGGGAGGGAAGAAGACGCGGGUGGAAGGUGGCCAGCUGGGGGGUGACGAAUGGACCCGCCACGGCAGCUUCGUCAAUAAGCCCACCCGUGGCUGGCUGCACCCCGAUGACAAGGUCAUGGGCCCCGGGGUCUCCUACCACGUCCGGUACAUGGGCUGCGUGGAGGUCCUCCAGUCCAUGAGGGCUUUGGAUUUCAACACCAGGACCCAGGUCACCAGGGAGGCCAUUGGGCUGGUGUGCGAGGCCGUGCCCGGUGCCAAGGGAGCCGUGCGGAGGAGGAAGCCCUGCGGCCGCUCCCUGAACUCCAUCCUGGGCAAGAGCAACCUGAAGUUCGCCGGCAUGCCCAUCACCCUGACCAUCUCCACCAGCAGCCUCAACCUCAUGGCUUCUGACUGCAAGCAGAUCAUUGCCAACCACCACAUGCAGUCCAUCUCCUUCGCUUCCGGAGGAGACCCGGACACAGCCGAGUACGUCGCUUACGUUGCCAAAGACCCCGUCAAUCAGAGAGCCUGCCAUAUCCUGGAGUGCCCCGAGGGCUUGGCGCAGGACGUGAUCAGCACCAUCGGGCAGGCCUUCGAGCUGCGGUUCAAGCAGUACCUGAAGAACCCCCCCAAGCUGGUGACACCCCACGACAGGAUGGCGGGCUUUGAUGGCUCUGCCUGGGAUGAGGAAGAGGAGGAACCGGCCCCGGAUCACCAGUACUACAACGACUUCCCCGGCAAGGAGCCUCCCAUCGGGGGGGUUGUGGACAUGCGGCUGCGGGAUGGGGCUGCUCAGACCCCCAGUCACUUGGGGGCCACACUGCCCGUCGGCCAGACGUCUGGCGGGGACUACGACCCUCGGAAGCAGCACGCUCCUGCCCAAGCAGGGAGAGAGAAAUACCCGGCUCCGGCAGGCGCCUCCGGCCGCACGGACCUGUUCGAUGACCCGUCAUACGUCAACGUGCAGAACAUGGACAAGACACGCCAAGCCUCGGCCGCUGCCGCCCCUGCGACAGCCAACGGCAGCACCCAGAGAGACCUCUUCGACAUGAAACCCUUCGAAGAUGCCCUGCGUGUCCCCCCGUCUGUGCCCGUGGGGCUGCCCCCCGCCCAGGUGGUGGCCUCCAUGGAGGAGCAGCUGCGACGGGAGCCCUGGUACCACGGGAAGAUGAACCGCAAGGAGGCCGAGAAGCUGCUGAAGGUGAACGGAGACUUCUUGGUGCGGGAGAGCACCACCACCCCGGGCCAGUACGUGCUGACCGGCUUGCAGGGCGGGCAGCCCAAGCAUCUGCUCCUCGUCGACCCCGAGGGAGUGGUGCGGACGAAAGACCACCGCUUCGAGAGCGUCAGCCACCUCAUCAGCUACCACAUGGACAAUCACCUGCCCAUCAUCUCGGCCGGCAGCGAGAUGUGCCUGCAGCAGCCGGUGGAGAGGAGACUGUGAGCGCCCCAGGGGCCCCCCCGGCCCCGCUCCCUGCCCCAGGGAGCCCUCAGACUCUCAGCCGGCUGCUCUGCCCGGGACUGAGCGUGGACUUGGCUGGGGUCCGUCCCCUUCUGCCCCAAGGAGCUGGUGGCAGCUGAGGGGGGGCUGCCUGCGGGGCGGGGGGGGCUGCUCUUGCCAAAGUCCCCCUGUCACCCCCCUGGCUCCAGCCUUUGCACAGCAGCUCUACCAAAGCCUGGUGUGGGCAGGGGCUGCCAGAGCCGAGCCCCCCCGCCCCCGAGCGUGGUGGUGGUGGUGGUGGGGGGAAUGGACAGACGGACACCCCGGCCUUGUCCCCUGCCCACUGGCCCCCGUGGGGGGCCGCAGGGGGCCGCGCUCCCCUGAGCGCCCGCUGUACCGAUCACUUGACGUGUUACUCUGUGCCUUACCCCGCGGGUCCCGCGCUCCUAUGCAAUGCCGGGGGGGCCGGGGCAGACCCCCGCCCCCCCGCCCCGAAAGCCCCCCGCACCCCCAUCCCCGGCCGUGCCCUCUCCCGGGACGUGCUGCUCCUCUGCACCCCCUCCCUACCCCCCCCCCACCGGGGUUCGGCGGGGCCCGGCCGGCUCCGGUAGCCCCGGGGCGGGGGGGCGGCGGGAGGGUCCCCCCCGCAUGCACGGUGUAUUUCCCCCCCCCCACCCCGAGCCAAAGCGCAGCCCCGGCUCCCCGCCCGCCCCCCGGGGCCCUGCGAUACCAAAGGAACCGGCGGUUAGUAUUAAAGUUGGUAUUUCUCUA